AUGCAGCAAGGCAAUGUUAUUGGAGAUGGACAGUGCAUGUGUAAAGUUUUCCUGCCCAAUACAACAUUCCCAGCUGAAAAAGUCAAAAAUUUGCAACUGGCCUACCAAAACCUCUCAGAAACAUACGAGAGCGUGCUUAUUCAGUAUGAAGACAAAUUGGUGAAUCUGACUGAGCAGCUCAAAGCAAUGGAGAACAUUGAAGACACUUUCACCAAGCUCAACUUUGAGCUUCUGCAUGCGGAACUGAAAGAGAUGGAACGUCUCAUCGCCGAGCUAAUGCAGUCGGUUCAGGGAGACAGUCAUGUGUUCGAAACUCUGUUUGAGGAAGGUCUCCGGUGCCUAUCCUUCUGGCAGCAGUCAGUGGCCCUGCUGAGCACAAGAGUUGCCGGCAUCUUCGUAAGCAAGACUUCCACCUUGAUUCUAUCUAUCUUUUCUCCUAACUGGGCCUUGAUUCCAGGAGAAGGCCCGCCACUGGCCUUGCGACUUCCUGAUUGGCUUCUGGUUUGCCAGGCCUUCCCGAAAAGAAGCAGUGCGGUUUGCCAGGUCACCAGCCAGCAGAUUCAAAACACUUCUGCCAUCACCAACCAGCUGGAACACUAUAAGAACAAUGUGCUCCUAAUGCGGCGUGAAAUUCAGGAACUGCAACAGCAUCCAGAGGAAUGUCAGAAACUUCAAAAUGGAUCCCAGGGUGGAGAUUUUGGAUCUUGUGAACAUGGAGGAAUUGCAAACAUGAGCAAACCAUUUGUCAUGCAAAGAAUCUACCAAGGAUCCUAUCGAUAUGGCGCAUGGGGGAAAGACCCUAAUCCGGCCCCUGGCAGAAAGAACAUGUAUUGGGUCACUUCCCAGAAUGGAUUUCUGAUAAUGGACCAGUAUCUACUUUACUCAGACUACACACAUUUAGUUCUCGGAGAGUCUUUUCAGUCUCCUGCAAUAGUUCAGUUAGAAGAUGCAGUCACUGGAAAUAGAUUCUCAUACAGCUCUUCUGACGAUCAAAUUCUUGACUUUUCCGUUGAUGAAAAUGGGCUGUGGGUGAUAUAUGCCACUGUAAAAGGCAAAGGCAACAUUGUAAUGAAUAAAAUCAAUGAAGAAUCCUUUACUGUGGAGGCCACUUGGGAGACCAAUCAGUUCAAAAGGGCAGCCAGCAGUGCCUUCACGCUCUGUGGAGUUCUCUGCGUGACACGGACAUUGACAACUCAAAUGGAAGAGAUAUUUUACACUUUCAAUACAAAGACAGGAAAGGACAGUUUUAUCAACAUCCCUUUUGAAAAGAAGUCUGAAAAUAUCAUAUGUCUCCACUACAAUCCUUCAAAUCACAAACUGUACAUAUUCAAUGAUGGCUACAUGAUCUUUUAUAACCUUGAGUUCAAACCUAAAGAGCCUUAA